AUGGAGGAAGAAUUAGUUCGAUUAUUUCCAUUAAAUCAUUAUUCCAUAGGCGAAAAGGUGAACGAAGGUACUACUGGAGUCGUUUACAAGGGAAAGAACAAAAAGACAGGAGCACUGGUGGCCAUAAAAAUGAUCAAGUACGAGCGUGACACUGGAGAAGGAUACGGCAUGCUAUAUUCAGCUUUCAGAGAAAUAAGUCUUUUAAAGCAACUUCGGCAUCCUAACAUUAUUUCUUUGAUUGAUGUUAUCAUCGGAAAUCGAGUGGAAAAUCCAAGGUCAUGUUAUUAUCCUAUAUUGGAACUCCUUAACAAGGACUUAAAACAAUAUAUGACGAGUAUCGCGCCUGAAUAUAUGAAUCCAAAGCUAGUGAAAAGCUACGUAUACCAGAUUAAUCAGGCACUCCUGUUUUGCCAUCAACGUGGGAUCAUUCAUAGGGAUGUGAAACCACAGAACUUGUUAAUUAACAAAGACGGAUUAAUCAAGUUGGCUGAUUUUGGAUCAGGAAGAAAGCUUGGACCACAGGGGGGGAAAAUGUACAGCCCCGCAGUGGUUACUUUAUGGUACAGAGCCCCUGAAAUACUUUUGGGAGCUCCUGAAUAUUCUUGCCCAAUUGAUAUUUGGUCCAUGGGUUGUAUUUUCGCGGAGAUGGAUAUGAAAGAAAAUUUGUUCCGAGGCGAUUCUGAAAUUGGUCAGCUUUUCAAGAUUUUCAAGAUCCUGCGAACUCCAACUGAAGAAAUUUGGGAAGGCGUUUCUUCUUUACCAGGAUACAAAGCAACUUUUCCCAACUGGACCGAUUUUAACCUAAAAAAAUCAGUGAAGAAUCUGAACGACGAAGGAAUUGAUUUGCUAGCGAAAAUGUUCCUCUACCAUCCAGACCAAAGGAUUUCAGCCGAAUCCAUUGCAGUGCAUCCAUAUUUUAACGAUUUAGAUCUAAAUGUCAAACCGGUCAUUGUAGAAAGUCAAUGA